AUGCUUAGUCUCUCUAUUGCCUCGCCGGGGACGGCGGUGACUUUCCUUCGAGGAAAUGCUUCCGCGACUUCAACUUCGUCUUCGUUCCAUGGUGUCAGAAUCCAGCACCAGGUUGCUUCUCGCGUGCCGGCGGCGACGGUUUCUUCGUCUCGUAAACCCAUGGCGGCGAAGGUGGUGAUGAUGUCGAAAAGAGAGGCGGAAUUGAAAGAUAUCAGAGCGAAGACGACGGAGGAGCUUAACGAGGAGGUUAUUGACCUUAAAGGAGAGCUGUUCAUGCUCCGUCUCCAGAAAUCGGCGAGGAACGAGUUCAAAUCAAGCGAUUUUCGCAAAAUGAAGAAACAAGUUGCGAGGAUAUUGACGGUAAGAAGAGAGAGGGAGAUCGAAGAAGGGAUAGGGAAAAGGUUGUCGAGGAAACUUGACAGGCAAUGGAAGAAGAGCAUCGUAGUGAGACCACCUCCUUCUCUGAAGAAGCUACAAGAGGAAGAAGCAGCAGAAGAAGCAGCCGAAGCUGCAAAAUCUGCUUGA